AUGCCUCCAUUACAUGAUCCAGAAUGGGAUCUUCCAAGGCUGCGUGCAUCGUUUGGAUUCGAGUAUGAUGUCUCAAAAGUACUCUCUGAUUGCUCACUCUUUCCCUACCAAGAAUUCUUCGAUGUCAAGUUCUAUCCUUAUGACCCCGUUGGAUCGGAUCCAAUUUUUGCAGCGGUCAGCAAGAAACAUGUGGUCAUAUGUCGAUUGGUACAAGCAGCAGAUAAUGUCAAUCCCUGCGAGGUUAUCAGGGUCAUCAGGGACGACGAUCAAGAAGCCUUGAACUGCUCAUGUUGCUGGUCCAAGGAGGCCGAAACCGAUAGAGCACUUCUCUGUGUAGCUGGCCGCGAUGCCAAGAUCAAAGUCUACAACGUGAGGGACGGGAAGCUUCACACGACACUCGUGGGCCAUGGAGGCGAGAUUAACGAUCUCGCGACAUCGCCCGACAACCCACGGAUCAUCGCCUCGGCAUCAGACGAUACCACGGUCAGGUUAUGGAGUCUGGAACCUGUACAUGCCAGGCAGCCCUGUGUUUGUCUCCUCGGAGGCGAGGGACAUUCGUGGAGCUUACUCAGCGCUGCCUUUCACAACACUGGUCGAUACCUACUGUCUGCAGGGCAUGACCAGGUUAUCAACCUGUGGACAAUUCCUGAGCUUCCAGAAGAACAUGUCGACACGCCACUCGUCGUCCAUUACCCUCACUUUUCAACUUCAGAAGUCCACUACGGACUCAUUGACUGUGUUGCAUUCUAUGGCGACCUUAUACUCUCCAGAGCUUGCCAUGAAGAGAAAAUUGUGCUAUGGCGAAUCGAGGGCUUCGAUUCCGAGGACCCCCCUCCGCCGCCAUCCACCGCGCCCACCGCCCACGACCAGACGCGGAUGACGCGAUCCGCGUUCGCUCCAGCCAACGCAUCGAGCCAGUGGCAGAGACUGCUACAAUUCGAAACUAAAAACUGCGGCGUGCAGUUCUUCCUGCGCUUCAGUCUACACCACGUCGACAGGCAGCACCCGAUUCUGUGCUUCUGCAACGCUAGAAACGAGAUCAUGUGGUGGGACAUGAUGCGCCUCACCGCGUAUCAGGAUUUUAUCAACUCGCUUUGUGUGCCUGGGGUUGGCCCAGACGCGAGGAGUGCGAAGCCUUCAUGGCUUCUACCUGCACAUCACAAGUCGAAAGGCCUAGGCCCGCCUUUAGACGAGGAGGGCGAGAAGACGGUCUCCGCAGCCAUCAUGAGGCCUGUUCCCCGCAAAGACAGAUUCGAUGUCGAAGAUGUCCUGCGGAACGAAGGUUUUAACAUGCAGACAAUCAAACUUUGGCAGAGCCGGUUCGACACCAGCAACCCAAACAAGCUCAUCAAACCGCACAGGCAGGAGCUCCUGCAGGGGCCGCCGUUUGUGGGGAGACAGGUUGCGUGGAGCCUUGACGGGUGCUGGUGUGUCGUUGUGGGAAGCCGGAACCACGCUGUCAUCUUCCAGCGGUGGGCCAAG